AUGGCUUCCCAUCCACAGCCCGCGGUCGAUCCGUCCAAGGAGCCCGAAGUCGCCGAUUACCAGAAGAGAUUGGAUCGCGCCCUGGCGAAUGGCGAGACGCUGUUAUCCGUCGUGGAGGCGCUCACGGAGGGCGUCGUCGUCUGCGACCCUCUGAAAGGAUCCGUCAAGCUGGCCAAGGAGCUCAUCAAGAUGGUGCAGAAAGUCCGCAAAAACCGAGAUGACUGCGACGAGUUGGCCCGACGUGUAUUCAAGCUGACCGGCACUAUGCUCGGGAUCCUCGACGGCAAGCGGGACGAAGACGUACCUCCAGAGCUCAAAACCUGUCUGGACUCGGUUCACGCUACGCUGAAGAAAAUCAAGGAUGGUCUAGAACCGCUCAGAUUGUCGAAGCGAUUCUCGUUCAGGGCUUGGAUUCGGGCGCUCCUCAGGAGGGAAUACGUAGCGGACCGGAUCACCAGCUACAACGCCCAGAUCGAUCAAUGCCUUCAAGAGUUCACGGUUGUCGUCGUGGGACAGGUCAGCUUGGGGUUGAUGACAUUGAACUCCGCGGUGGGAGUCGUGUACUCUCGAUUGGACGAUGUCUACUCUAAAGCGAGGGACGUUAGCACGGGCGUGAAGAACGUUCAUUCUGACGUCAAGAGCGUCCGUUCAGACGUGACGGAUAUAUACACGGCGGUGAUUCGGAUUGAGUCUCUCAUACACAAGCACUUGGAGGGUACUUCGAGCGGUACGCAGGCCAAUGCCUCCAUAGACGUUAGCCUUCAAUUUGUCCCUGCCCCUCCCCGCUUGUACGGACGAGAUGCCACCGUGAAGGACGUAGUCGGCAAACUUUGCGAUGCGGAACAAUACCAUAUCGCCAUCUUAGGGGUAGGAGGGAUCGGCAAGACCUCCGUGGCACUUGGCGUCGCCGACGACUCGGUGAUCAAGGCCCAGAACAACUGCUACUUCAUCCGUUGCGACACACUCGGCACUGAAACAUCCCUCGUCAACGCUGUUCUUCAUGCUGUGGACCGUACCUCGUCGGUACACGGGGAUCCCAUGGAACACCUCAAGACGCGACUGGAGAAGUCGAUCCGUCCCGUGAUACUCAUUCUGGACAACUUUGAGAGUUCCUGGGACUCGGACACUCCUUAUAUCAGACAAAAGCUCACCGAAGUGCUCAGGACAUUAGCCGCGAUCCCAAAGGUCCAGCUGAUCGUGACUAUGCGAGGAGACAGUCCACCCGCCGAGGCGGACGUCCAGUGGUCUCCUGUGCGUCUCGACCCUCUAGGGCAUAUACCAGCUCGCGAGCUCUUUCUAUCCAUAAAACCGGAGACGCCGCCGAAUGAAUACCGGGACCUCGACCUGCUCCUGGAAAAAUGCGAUGGCCUUCCUCUCGCCGUCAAACUCCUCGCCCAGCUCAAGCCAUCGUCGACCUGCGGUCGCCUGCUGCAGCGAUGGGAUAAACGCAAGAGCGCGCUGUUGCAGACUGACCACCUCUCUCCGUCCCGCGAAACCAGCCUGCGCGUCUCCAUCUCGAUGUCGCUCGAGUCCGCACCGAUGCGACUUAUCCCCGAGGCGAUCCCGUUGCUCGCGGUGCUCUGCCAGCUGCCGGAUGGGAUCCCGGGGGGCGUCAAACAGCUCGAGGAGAUGGAUCUCGGCUUUGAGGACGUCGACGUGGCUUUGGCAACCGUACUUGGUUCCGGCCUGGCGUUCAAGGCAGCGGAUGACAGUCUCAGAGUCCUUUCUCCCAUCCGAGAGCAUAUCAUCGACCAUGAUGUCACCGUCCCGCAGCGACCCCUUCUUCCUCACCGCCAGUACGAGGCACUCCUGCGAUAUUACGUCCGGCUGGUCGAAACACAUGCCCGUAGUAACCCCGGAGAUGACGCAUACAAGCCUGCAUACGAGGCCUUGCUUCCUGAAAUAGGCAAUAUCAUCUACUUGUUCAAGCAGGAGCUUGUCCGUGGAGGAGACAAGGUGUCGGGUGUCGCACGGGCAGCGUACUCGUUCGCCCGCUUUCAGAUCAACCUACGGCCCUCAACCGAACUCAUCGACCUACUGCUAGACCACUGGGAUCUCUACGAAAUACGUAAAGCUCGCGGUGACGCUCUAGCGGUGAGGGGUGGCAUUCUCAUGCAGGCAGACCGGUAUACGUCGGCGAUGGAAGACUACGUCGCGGCCUGUGAGGACUAUAAAAACUCCGGUGAUAUGCUACACCUGGCGUCUGCUUUGAAAGGGAUUGGGGAUGUCUAUUACAUGCAGAGUAGACACGACGACGCCAUGGCCGCGUACAACCGGGCCUACAACGUGUGCUCCGUGAUUGGAGACAAACAGGGCAUGGCGGAUUGCCUGAAAGGCUGGGCCGACGUCCAUCGCAUGAAGAACGAGUUACCACAGGCGAUCAUGAAGCUCACCUGGGCCCACCACCUGUAUUCCAAUAUCGGAAACCGACGGGGCGUGACGAAUUGCCUGGAGACCUUGGGCGACGUCCAUCGCAUGCAGGGCGAGUACCCCCAGGCGAUAAAGAAGCUCACUAGGGCCCACGACCUGUACUCCGAGAUGGGCAACCGACAAGGGGUGGCAAAUUGCCUGCACAGCUUGGGCGUGGUUCAUCGCAUGCAGAAUGACUACCCGCAGGCGAUAGAGAAGCUCAUCCGGGCCCACGACGUGUACUCCGAGAUCGGAUCCCGACAAGGGGUGGCAAAUUGCCUGCACAGCUUGGGCGAGGUUCAUCGCAUGCAGAAUGACUACCCGCAGGCGAUAGAGAAGCUCACCCGAGCCCACGACGUGUUCUCCGAGAUCGGAGAGCGGCUGGGCAUGGCGAGUUGCCUGCGAAGCUUAGGCGAGGUCCAUCGCAUGCAGGGCGAGUACCCCCAGGCGAUAGAGAAGCUCACCCAGGCUCACGACGUGUCCUCCGAGAUUGGAGACCGAAAUGGCGUAGCUAAUUGCCUGCGAAGCUUGGCCGACAUCCAUUGCGAGCAGAACGAAUACCCCCAGGCGAUAGAGGAGCUGACCCGGGCCCACGACCUGUACUCUGAGAUUGGAGACCAGGAUGGCGCUGCAGAUGCUCUUCACAGAUUAGGCGAUAUUGAUCGUAUCCAGGGGCGAUAUGAUCAAGCGGUCGAAAAACUGGGGCGCGCUCUUGACCUUGCUUCAAGCGCCGGGAACCAAUUACGGAUGGCUUUAUACCACAUUUACAUAGGCUUGCUCAAUCACGACCAGAAUCGCGAUGCUGACGCGAACGAGCAUUUUACGACCGCUCGGACAUUGUUUACGGAGAUCCAACACCAGACAAAUGCGCAGUACUCCCCGCGCCUCAUUGCUGCCAUUCGCGAGUCAAUGGUUGUAGCAGAAGCCGAGUCUAGCUCUGCUACAGGUUCGGUCGCGAAUAAUGACGAAACUGGAGGUAUAUGA